AUGAAGUCAGACCUGCUAAGGUACCUGAUUUUAUCAGUUCGAGGCGGCGUCUAUUCGGAUAUCGAUACCGUCAGCUUGAAGCCCAUUGACUUGUGGGUGCCUGAAAAACAUCGAAAAGAUGCUCGGGUUGUUCUAGGGAUUGAAUUCGAUCGCCUUAAUGGGUCAAACUGGGGCGAGGUUCAUCCCGACAUGCAAUUUUGCCAGUGGACCAUUGCUGCAACUUCUGGACACCCUCUCUUCAGUUACAUGGUAGAUUGGGUUGUAACCGCCCUGGACGACUUUACAACCGCAAGAGAAACAACGUUCUCGGAGCUCCAUGUGAGUUCAUCGGAAGUCAUGAAAUUGACUGGGCCAUCUGCUUGGACAGAUGGCGUUUUCCGACAUUUGCAGCAGUAUGAGCCGGAUCUUAUGUCGUUGAGUGACUUGAGUGGACUGACGGAACCGCGACUUGUGGGAGAUAUCCUGAUACUGCCAAUCGAUGGGUUUGGAAUGGGUCAGUCACACUCCAACAGUACAAAUGACGGGUCGAUUCCGGAGGAUGCAUUCGUACGGCACAAAUUUCGAGGAUCGUGGAGGCAUGACAAUAGGUCAAAUUAG